UGGGAGGGGCCGCUCCACCAAUGCAGCCUUCCACUAAGAACCUGCCAGGAGACAGAGCCGCAGUCCGCUCCCCGGAAGGCCCCGAAAAGCUUGCUCUGGAGACAACAUUCGUCUCUUGGGGAAAAAAGCUCUGUUUUCGCUGCAACUAACGGAAGACCUGGGAGAGGACUCGAGGGGGCGAGGCGGCAGAGGAGGGGAGGCGCAGCGGGGCCAGGUUUCCCUCGCGUUGCAGUUCCAGCGGACCCUGGGGCCUUCUGAGCACGGCUGGGGACGCCGCCGAGGUAUUGGAGGCGGGGUCGGGAGGCUGCCCCUCUGAUUCGUACCCCCAUCACCGGGGGGCCUGCUGGGCCAUGUCCAGAAGCUCGGACCCCGCGGUCCUGCCCCGCGCCUUGGGGUCCCGGAAGUCCGCCCCGCGGAGCCUCAGCUGCCUCUCUGACCUGGACGGCAGCGCGACCCCGGAGCAGCGGCCUUGCCGGCCCCACUGGAGCUCGGGUCGCGCGCGGCCGCCGCCAUCCGCACCAUCAGGCUGCGACCCCAGCCUGCGACCCAUCAUCGUGAGGCGGGCGCACUCGCUGCCCAGCUCUCCGGAGCGCCGCCAGAAGGCAGCAGGCGCCCCUGGCUCUGCGUGCCGGCCGGACUGCAGCCGGCAGCACCGUGUGCGCUUUGCCGACGCCCUGGGCCUGGAGCUGACGCAGGUCAAGGUGUUCCACGCGGGCGACGAUCCCUCGGUGCCACUGCACGUGCUGUCGCGGCUGGCCAUCAACUCUGACCUCUGCUGCAGCCGCCAGGACCUGGAGUUCACCCUGCAGUGUCUGGUGCCGGACUUCCUGCCGCCCAUCGAGGCAGCCGACUUCGGCGAGCGCCUGGGGCGGCAGCUCGUGUGCCUGGAGCGGGUCACCUGCUCGGACCUGGGCAUCAGCGGCACGGUGCGCGUGCGCAACGUGGCCUUCGAGAAGCAGGUGGCGGUGCGCUACACCUUUUCCGACUGGCGCAGCACACACGAGGCUGUGGCCAGGUGGCGGGGCCCCGCGGGUUCCGAGGGCGCUGAGGACGUCUUCGCCUUUGGCUUCCCAGUGCCACCCUUCCUGCUGGCGCGAGGCUCCCACGUGCACUUCGCAGUGCGCUACCGUGUGGCCGGCGCCGAGUACUGGGAUAACAACGAGGGGCGCGACUACAGCCUCACGUGCCGCAACCACGAGCUGCACAUGCCCCGAGGGGAGUGUGAGGAGAGCUGGAUCCACUUCAUCUGAGCUCGGGCCAGGGACCUGGCGCUGCUGCUCCCAAGCCACACCUGCGGUCACUUCGUAGCUGGGCGCUCACAGCAGAGGCAGCUGCUCUUCCCUGCACUCCGUCCCCACACCUAAAUCUGACCUCACGUCCUGCUGCAGGGACCCCUGGCAGUGGCCAUCCUGCCACCUACUUGAAACGUCUGUGUCAGUUGUAAAAUGUAGCCUCCGGUGGCCAGAGGCCUAGUGUGUGACAAGCUGGGACAGUGCGGGUGGGUAGGUGCAGGGGUGUUGGGCUCUCCGAAAGGGUUCUGACUGGGUUUCUGGAAAAGGCCUGCAUCCUCCCGCUAGGAAGGCCUGACUGCUUUUGCAUGUGUCCUGAUGGGGUCUCUGUAAACGUAGGUGUUACUUAUUAUUGUGAUGCUGGGAGCUUGAUCCCUAGUGGAUGCCUUCCCCAGAGCAUUCUGGAUUUAAUAAGCUCAAAGAGAAACCAGUUUGUGUAUUUGUGCCCCAGUGUGACUCCCAUCAUGGUUCCUUGAGGCAUUCCUGCCCUGGGACCAGGAAAACCUGAGCUUGCCAAUGUUUGUGGACUUCUCACCGUGGAAAACUAUUAAUAGGCAAGCAAUGUAUGCCUCAUCAGUCAUCACCACCAUUCCUGGGAACUCAGGCUGCCCUGGGGAAGCUGUCUCCUACAUCACAGCUGAGAAAGAGAAAAAGCUUAGAAUGUUAGCAGAACAACCCCAGUGUCUCUUCUCACAUCUCACACUUCUCUCGCACCUACUUGAUAAUUAUGUAUCCGCAUGUUAUCAGGCAAUUCUGUUUAGGGUUGAAACUACCUAAACAGGAUAAGAAACUCUGCCUUAAGUUAUUAAAAAUUUCAGACACAUGCCCUUUCAAAUACCUUUUUGAUGAUCAAGAUGACUCUUUGUCUUCUUAAGCAUCAGAAGAUUCCAGCAGUCAUCUUUCAGAAGUCAGGAUGCCAAGUGGAAUUAGCAAGUUUGUUCAGCAAUAGCCAGAGCACUAGAGGAAAAAUAAUUCACAAAUAUUUAUACUUUUUAAAUGUUUUAAAUUGUACUUAUAUAUGCCCAGGUUUUAUUUUAAAUUGUAUUUAUAUGUACCUGGUUUUAUCAGCUACCUGCCAACUUAAUUCUUUGUGCCUUCAGAUCAGAGAGUUUCUAACAUUGUGGGGACUUGUUUCCCAGUUUUAAAAUGUUAAAUGCUUUCUUCCUUUUUUUUUUUUUUAAAAUAUCUUUCUUUUUAAAAAAAAUCUCCAACCAAGAAGUCAAGGCCAUUGUCCCCUGCAGAGUGCCACAAUGACUUAAAACUCCCAGCAAGGGGCUGGUGAUUUCUUUUGGUGCUGAGUGAUGGUUUUUCUGAUAACAGGUGCUAGCUCUCAAGUGUGAAAACCCAGCCAGGAUGGACAAGGCCUCCACUUGUGGAGUUUAAUUAUGGCACAAUUGAAAUCUCUGAGGUAAAUUGUGACAGCUGUCACCAAUUAAUAACUGAAUUUGAAAUGCUUGUUAAAAUUUGUUAAAUCAGUAUGUAAAGGGUGAGUUUUGCCUUUUAACCAGUUUGGUUUUUACAGUGACAACUUUUGUGUUUUUAAAAUUCCAAGAGGAAAAACGCUUUCUGAUCUAGAGGGAGUACUUUCUGAUUUAAGAACACUGAAUUUUGAUUUAAAAUAUGGUGAUUAAAUUGAACAAGCUUUGGCUAUUAGCAUUGUUCACUCCAUUGACUUGCAAGAGAGAGAGAAGCCUGGUUGCAUUUCCUGUUGUUUAACAGACUGUCCAAUUAGGUCAGUACGCCUGUGAGGGCCCUGGCUGCUAUGUCCUUGGCCCCAACCCAGACUGCAAGAAAUUAUCCAGAGUAUUCAUGUUACGAAGGUUAGGGCUGCCAAAUAUAUUGUAUAAAGGCAUGUAGACAAUCUUAUAAUCCAUGUAAAAAUUACUUGGCAAAAGGUUCUAAUCAUGGAGUAUAAAGUAAAUAUUAUAUCUUCAGUAUUAAAAGAACCUCGGUGUGCCUUUAAAAAAAUUAAAUAUACUUGCCUAGUUGAUAAAGUUCAGCUUAACAAGGACUUUCAGACCCUAAAACAGUUAUAUUGCUUAAAUGUUAACAUUUUGUAGUGGGUUGUGCAAUUGUUGGGUUGUCUCCCCAAAUAUAUUUUAAUGUUUAUACUUUGAAGCUAUUUCACCCAGACCUAAAAUUAAAUUGUAUGUGCACAAAUUGCUAGCUGGAAUGUGUUUUCCUUGUAGUCUCAUUACAGAAACAUGUUAGAAACUUCUUGAUUGUUUAAAUAAUUUCAUGGUUAAGUCUUAUUCUUACCUAAAUAGUCAAACUUAGUGCCUUGCCAAAAAAAAAAAAGUUUUCAUUUUUUAUUUUUAUUGUAUGCUAGUACCUCAGUUUCUGUAGCACAGUUGUGCAUGUCUUUGAAAAACUGAAAUGCAAUAUUUUGUGCCAGGUCACAUACGAAGAAAGCUCUAGGGCAGUGGUCGGCAAACUCGGUCAACAGAGCGGCAAACCGAGGCUCUCUCGAGCUGCAGUUUGCAGACCACUGCUAGGGCAUUGCAGGGGGUGAGACAGUAUUGUACUCUUGUGUGUCUGACUCCCCUUUGAUUGUGCCUUGCACACAGGGGAUGGAAGCUAACAUUCACUGUGUCCUCUCUUAUUUGCCUGCCCACAGUGCUAGGUGCUGUAUUUGAUUUCAUUUAAUUCUGAAAAUUACACUAUCUGGUAGAUAAUAUCCCCAUUUUUUUAGUUGAAGAGAGUGGAGCACACCUAGAAUCCCACAGCUGGUAAAUAGCAAAGUCAGUAUUCAAACCUACCCCAGAACCCAAUUUUGAUAUGAUUGAUAGACAAGAUUUUUCAUCUAAUAUUAUGAUCUAAAAACCUAUUUAACAACAAUUCGAAUAAGAUUAAAAAGAGUGAUUGACUUUUUUCUUCCUUGUGGUAGUAUACUGUUUACUAAACAAUUCCUAUGCUUUUUGUACAAAUGGAACAAUAAAAGGACUCUAACUUUUCUCCUCUGCUACAAAGUGGCAAAUUGAGACAUCACUACUUACAA